CGGGCUGUGACGGCUUGGCCGCUCCCCCGAAUUGCGAGCGGUGCUCUGGAGGGCGAUGGGUGGGGAGGAGAGCAGCGUGCAGCGGUGAUGUCAACAACAUCGGUCAGUGGGUCAGCCGACGACACGUUAAUGAAGAUGCUUGAGCUGAGAACCUGAUGAAUCAUGAUCACCACAGAGGCUGCCAGGGAGUUCCAGGCCAAAGAGCGCAAACACAAAGAGCAGCUGAAAAGAUGUUUAUCAGCUGCAUUAUCUGCAGACCUUGACAGACUGCUGCAGGAGGAGCUGGAGGCGGAUGUCUCUCUGUAUGCCGGGGCCGGCUCUCUGCAGGCCCACAGAGCCGUCCUGUUGGCCAGAGCUCCUCAUGUCCUGCAGGGCCAGGCCCACAAAGAUCCCACCAACAUCUAUCUGUCUGGAUAUGAGCUGUCCGGGUUAAAAGAUUUCCUCAGGCGCGUGUACACGGCACACCAGAGCAUGCACUCGGCUGAAAUAAUCCCAGACAUGGAUGACUCGGUGCCAGAAAGCACUGCUCCUGACCCAGCAGACCUGCGUGGUUCCUCUGACUCAGACGCUGUUCUGGAGCCAGCCUCGGGCCUCGGAGCUGACUUGCUGGAUCUAUACCAGCGGGGUGAGCAGUGUGACAUCACCAUCCAAGUAGCAGAGCAGGUCUUCUCCUGCCACAGGGCAAUCCUGUGUGCGCGGUCCCAGUAUUUUCGAGCCAUGCUGAGCGGGAGCUGGAUGGAGAGCUCCAGACAGUGCAUCACUCUGCAAGGCUUAGGGCCAGAUGAGAUGGAGGUCCUGCUCCAGUUCAUGUACGGAGCCAUUGUGGAUUUACCACCUGGAGCCAGUGCCAGUCAGGUGGUGUUGGCUGCAGACAUGUUGGGUUUAGAGGGACUGAAAGACGUGGUGGAGAUGGUUCUGACCCGAGACUACUGCCGCUUCUUCCCCAAGCCGAUUGACGGGGUUCAGAGAACAGUUCUUGAAUGUCUGUCACUCACACACGCCUUAGGCCUUCAAAACCUCCACCUGCUGUGUAAGAGGUGGGUUGCUGAUCAUUAUGUGAAGACCUGGUGUGAGAGGAACUUUUCCCUCUUGUCUCCUGAACUCCAGGCAGCCUGUCUAACAGCUCUAACUGAAACCAUGACUGUGCAGAACGCAGUAACCAUGCUCUGUGGCACUGAGCAGCUGAUUGGCAGUCUCCCAGAAGUCAAGUGGGCCCAGCAGGUGAGGAGUCUCGCCACGCAGCUGCAGGAGGAGAGCCUGCACGUCAUUGUCCAGCAUCUCCCCGAUGUAAUCCGAACUCAGGCCUUUCAGGAGCUUCGCAGGAGGGAAGAGGUUACCCGUGAGCCCACGUUGUUGAAGAAGCUUUGUUCAGCUAUCAGAGAGGGUGCCUCUGUGGACAACUGCUGUGAUCUUUUCGCUGCUGUGUACCUCCUGUGUGGAGAUGACGGGGAAGAGGACUCCCUCCUACAGCAAGGAGGGAGAAAACAAGAGGAGCCGUUCAGGCAAGAGAUUUGUACGCUGCGCGCUCGCCUGUGGACCUUCCUGCUUCAGACCUUUUACGCGGUCCGCCACACGCAGGGAUGGGAGACCCUUUCUACCAAACACAGAGAGAGGAUACUAGCAGAUGCUAUUGAUAAGGGGGACAACCGGAGACUUGGUAAAAAGCCUGUAUUCACUAGCUCACAGCCAAGGGUUGUGAAAUGCCCUUCAUCUGGACCUGAGAGUCCUCCUGUGCACAGGACCCAGAGGGUGUCUGAAAACACUACCUCUUCCUCCCGUAGUGCUGCGUCAGCCAUGAAGUCUGAUGGACUGGGGACAGCUAGCAAGCCAGGAGAGGGUCAAACAUCCAAGGCAAAGAAUGCAAAGAAGCCAGGGGAACGUACUGCAGCAGCCAAAGCAAAGACAGCAACAGCUGGAAUACCAGUUGUCAACGGCACUGGAGCUGCAGGGGCCAGACGAGAUGUAGCCAACAGCUCCAGAAGCUCUCAAGGGGUGAGAGAGCAGGAAAAGAAACCAAAUCCAGGUGCACGGCCUAAAACAUCUCCCCCGAGCUGCACAUCUACAAGCCAGCCAAGUGUAUCCAAGACUCAGAGGAGCUCGACAGGAAAGGCUGACAGCUCUGUUGGCACCUCCCAGGCUCAGCCCAGCGCCUCGUCCACAUCAGGCAGCGCUUCGCCAGAGAACGGUGCCAGCAGCCCUCGUAAUGACAGCGCAGGUGCGAAGCCCAAACACCAAACCAAGGCGGGGGUCAAAUCCACACUGACAAAACCUCCUCAGAAAUCAGAUACAACGAAGAUCAGCAGCAGUCCUAUCAAUAGGUCCAGUGCAAGAGAAAGUGCUAAAGUCAAGACUAGUGCAGCAGAGAAAGCAUCUACAGGAGGGACAACAGCAAGAGCAGAAACCAAGGGAAGAGGCACACCAGACCAUGUCUCCAAGCAUGGAUCCAAAAAGCCUGCUUCCCCGAGGAAAGAAGACAGCAAGGACGGGUUGAAAUCCUCAGCACCAGAAAAAGCAGCCAUUGAAGUUCAAAAAAAGAAGACCACAAAACCUGCUUCGGCACCUGGAGCCUCAGCUAAAUCAAGUGCUAAACCACCAAAAGCCUCUUCGGCCCCCUCCAAGCAAUCUUCAGUAGCAGCUGCCAAGUCCGGACCAAAGCCUACGGAGAAAGCUUCUCCAAAAUCAGCAGGAACUUCCAAAACCUCACCUGCUACCAAGAAAUCAGCAACUAAAGGAAAAGAGACAGUCAAUGGCAAAGACUGUAAAAUGGAGUCAGCGCCAACAGAAAACACUGGUGAAGUUACAGUGCAUAAAGAGAGUACAGAGGUAGAAUUCUCUGACCAGUCUGCAGCACAGCCAACAAACCAGGGUGAAGGGGAUUUACUUAGCCAGCAACUAGAAUCCAAGCAGCAUCUCCAGAAGACUGAAAUACUGUCAGAAAACACUAACUGUUCAGCUAGCAACACCCCUCAUGUCAAAUCUGCUAAGGCGGACACUUGCAAACAGACUGAAGGGAGUAAAGUGAAACCGCCCCCAAGCGGAGUCAUCAGUGGAGGGCAAAUUCACGAGGACGGCUCCAGAAAUUGUCAGAGAGAUAGCGAACGUCUCGUAGACACACCAUGCAGCGUGUGCAGCACUGGCACCCCCUUAGAGGACUCCUGGAGUGCCGUCCACCAUCAGGUCAGCCCCGAGUCUGAGACCUGCAGCACACACACCACCUCCUCCGACGACAUCAAGCCCCGCUCGGAGGACUACGACGCCGGCGGCUCGCAAGACGACGACUGCUGCUCCAACGAAAGAGGCGUUUCAAAGUGCGGCACCAUGCGCUGCCACGACUUCUUGGGUCGCAGUAGCAGCGACACAAGCACCCCAGAGGAGUUGAAGAUGUACGAAGGCGGGGCGGGGUUAAGAGUGGAGGUGAGGCUGCGGGGGCGAGAAGCGGAGACCACUACCAGCGAGGAAGAGGGAGUGAGACAGCUUCCUCGCUCCUGGUUGCACCGAGACGAGCUUCCUGUAGAGGAGGAGCACUCCGAGGUGGAGGCAACGGUGACGGUGAAAAGCAUCCCCGACCACCAGCUCUUCUCCUCUGAGGAGGAAGAGGAAGAUGAAGAGGCGACGGAAGAUGACAGAUCUGAAGUCGAGGUGAUUCCGGGGCAGGCCCCGCUGCCACCAUCUGAAUCCUCUCCAAACUUUCAGGGGAUCAUCAACCUGGCUUUCGACGAUGAAGCCGCUGACCAGGAUAACGAUCAGGCCGACUACCAGACCACGGCUAACUUUCGCCGCUCAGUGUUGCUCUCUGUCGACGAGUGUGAGGAGUUGGGUUCAGAAGAAGGCGGCGUCCAAACGCCACCUCAGCAGCCCAGUGAGGGUGACGUUUUCGAGUCUAACUCCACAACUCCUCAGACCAAUUUUGCUCCAACCAACAACCAACUGAACCACCUGAAAGGCCAUCUUGAAACUGCAGACACAACGCAUACAAAAACAGACGAGGAACAGGAUGAAAAGUCCUCUGUGUUCCUUACAGAGAUCCAGGCGGAGAGUAACGGAAUAAAGUCUAGCGUCCCUCUCUUGGAUGCUGACAUGAGAGACCUGCCUCCCCAGGAGCGCCCAUGCCACCUGGAUCUCCGGCACACAGAACAAUACAACGCAGGGCCGCGCAAAAAUCACUCCAAUCCCACAGAAAGCAAGAAAGCUGAUUUACAUCUAGACUUAAAAGAGCCUCAGCAGACAGGGGACUCUCCUGUACAUGCUGCACAAUCUCCAGCAGGGGACAAUGGUUGUGACAGAUCGGGUCAAACCUGCAAACAUGACCGCCGACCAUCCAAAGCACUAUCUCCCAUUUACGAGCUGGAUGUUGGAGAAGCCUUCGAGCAAUGCUCGGAAAAGGACAGGAAUGUUAAACUCAAGGCAGAGCAAGAAAAGCAAAGAGAGGACGAUGAAAAAAGCAAUGAGUUUGCAGAGCGGGACUGGAGCAUGCUCAGGCAGCUCCUCUCAGACCACGAGUCCAACCUGGGAAUCAUAAACCCUGUGCCUGAGGAGCUAAACCUGGCCCAGUACCUUAUCAAGCAGACUCUGUCCCUUUCACGUGAAUGCCUGGACUCUCAGGGCUUCCUGUCCCCAGAGAAGGAGACCUUCAAACGCUGGGCGGAGCUCAUCUCGCCCAUGGAGGACUCCUCCACCAGCAUCACAGUAACAAGCUUCUCCCCAGAAGACGCUGCAUCUCCUCAGGGGGAGUGGACCAUCGUGGAAUUGGAAACACAUCACUGACUGCUCACACAGAGGAGAACCUGCCGGACAGUUGUCACCUCUGUGAACGUUGAACCUCUAAAUAUUAACUUUGUCUUAAUUUAUUCUUAUUUAUAAUCAUAUGCUGUCUCAAACAUUUUCAUCUUUUUUUUUUCUGGAAUCUGCAGAACUCUGGACUUUGCAGCAGUUUAUUUUGCAUUCCCCAUCAUGCCCUCAGUGGACAGUUUUUUGACACAAACGGGAUGUUAUGCAUGCUAAUAUUUUUUGUAUGUCUGACUGUUUAAUUAAUGUUGCUUCACAGCUCUAGAAAGAAUAGAGUAAGGAAACAAAUAUAUUUUUUCUCAUGGCAGUCUUCUGAUAAUAUGGUUGACUGAAGUUUCUUAAAGAAAAAAAUAACAAUGGCCUACUGGCUUGCAUUUAAUGUCAUAUUGAAAAUAAAGAUUUGUGUUUAUUGAAAAA